GGAGGCGGCAACGACGCCUGCGCAGUGUGACCGGGAUGGCGCAUUUUCUUGCACCGAGUAAUGCGGUGUUGCUGGCGGCUGAGGAGGGUGGAGAGUUCUGUGGUGAAAUAGUGGGAGGGAUUCCUGUAGGCAACGGGAAGAGCCUAUGUCCACACUGUAAAGUAGGGAGUUGAUGAAGUGGGCUGCUACUCCCGGACCGGCGGCGUCAAAGUCGUGAUAUCAUCGUUGAACCAUUAGCUUUGAAGUUUAAAUCCAAUGGAGAAGACUCAAGAAACAGUCCAAAGAAUUCUUCUAGAACCCUAUAAAUACCUACUUCAGUUACCAGGUAAACAAGUGAGAACCAAACUUUCACAGGCAUUUAAUCAUUGGCUGAAAGUUCCAGAGGACAAGCUACAGAUUAUUAUUGAAGUGACAGAAAUGUUGCAUAAUGCCAGUUUACUCAUCGAUGAUAUUGAAGACAACUCAAAACUCCGACGUGGCUUUCCAGUGGCCCACAGCAUCUAUGGAAUCCCAUCUGUCAUCAAUUCUGCCAAUUAUGUAUAUUUCCUCGGCUUGGAGAAAGUCUUAACCCUUGAUCACCCAGAUGCAGUGAAGCUUUUUACCUGCCAACUUUUGGAACUCCAUCAGGGACAAGGCCUAGAUAUUUACUGGAGGGAUAAUUACACUUGUCCCACAGAAGAAGAAUAUAAAGCUAUGGUGCUGCAGAAAACAGGUGGACUGUUUGGAUUAGCAGUAGGUCUCAUGCAGUUGUUCUCUGAUUACAAAGAAGACUUAAAACCACUACUUAAUACACUUGGGCUCUUUUUCCAAAUUAGGGAUGAUUAUGCUAAUCUACACUCCAAAGAAUAUAGUGAAAACAAAAGUUUUUGUGAAGAUCUAACAGAGGGAAAGUUUUCAUUUCCUACUAUUCAUGCUAUUUGGUCGAGGCCUGAAAGCACCCAGGUGCAGAAUAUCUUGCGCCAGAGAACAGAAAACAUAGACAUUAAAAAGUACUGUGUACAUUAUCUUGAGGAUGUAGGCUCCUUUGAGUACACUCGUAAUACUCUUAAAGAGCUUGAAGCUAAAGCCUAUAAACAGAUUGAUGCACGUGGUGGGAACCCUGAGCUAGUAGCCCUAAUAAAGCACUUAAGUAAGAUGUUCAGAGAAGAAAACGAAUAAUGUUAAGCCAUUCUGGAUUGGGCCUCAUAGCUUAUUUUAGUUAAUCAUUUUUUGUCUUGUAGCCUACCACCUUUUAAAAAUUUUGGUCCAAGCUGCUAUUCCUCAAAAACUGAGUAAAUAGGUGAGUAGGGGUGAUGCAAGUGAUUCUGUUUCAAUUUAGAAAAACCUCUAUACAGAUAAUCAAAAGUUGGAAGAAUCAAAAGAAGCCACAGUUAUGUAGGUCUCAUUUGAACAUCAUCAUUACAGUGGGAGGACAUUGUCACCAACUCUGCCAUACUACUGUCAAUGUUGUGUUUAUUCUGUCAAUAAAAAGGACUCACUUCCAGGAA